AACACGUGACAGAACAAGUGCAGCGCAGCAGCAGUCGCCGACUUUCUCAGUUCAGUCAUCGAGUAAACGAUAACUGCGCGAGUCGGAGUGAGAGAGGCGAAGAGGCAGAGAAAUGGCGUGGUGUGCAUUGAAGCCCUUCAUCAAUCUGCCGGCGAUCAAGAUGGGAGCAAUAAGCAACCGUACUCCGUUAGCCGCAGCGGGCGUAGGAUGCGCCUCCGUGGCUGGCACGAGUCUUUGGAGUUCAUCGCGGCGAUCCCCUGCAUUCGCUUGCCUAAGCGUUUCUUCUUUGCCUGGUGCAAAGGAGGCUGUUGCAACCGAAAAUGCUCCAGCAGCAUUGGGACCAUAUUCUCAGGCUAUCAAAGCCAAUAACCUUCUCUUUCUUUCUGGUGUCCUAGGUCUUGAUCCAAAGACAGGAAAAUUUGUCUCAGACAGUGUAGAGGAUCAAACAGAGCAGGUACUCAAGAAUAUGUCAGAAAUACUGAAAGCCAGUGGUGCCGACUAUUCCGCUGUAGUUAAGACAACAAUCAUGUUAGCGGACUUGAAGGACUUCAAGAAAGUAAAUGAGAUCUAUGCUAAAUACUUCCCCUCUCCAUUUCCGGCUCGUUCAACAUAUCAGGUAGCUGCAUUGCCCCUGGAUGCCAAGAUCGAAAUUGAAUGCAUUGCCACACUUCCCUAAGGUGAACUGCUCGGGGGUAGGAAUCCAGUUCCUUUAGACGAGUGUUAGGUCAAUAAGGUUUAAGGGUUUAAUUUUUGAGAAUGGCACCGCUGCACUUCCCUAGCCAUUAGUUGUUUUCAACAUUUUGUGCAUGAUAUACGUUAGAGAUCCACCCUUUGCUGUUAAAUUUUAUAAACUAUGCUGGAUUGUUAUUGUUACUAAAAAGUAACAAAACAUUGGAACUAUGUCGACUUUGAAACCAGAAUUUGAGCAAAUUGCUGUUAAUGGUCUACUGGAUUUAUGUA